AUGAGUGUGGCAAGUACAGCAGCGGCCCGGCUGCACAUUCUGCAGCUUCUGGCCACCAUGUUAGUGCUAGUCUCGGCCAACAUCGCAUUGCCCAACUGCACCAGCAGAUGCGGCAACAUAAGCAUACCUUACCCGUUCGGCCUCAGUGCCGGGUGCCACCGUGAAGGCUUCGAGCUCACCUGCAACGAGACAUAUCAUCCCCCAAAGCUCUUCAUGAACAGCUCCGGAGUCGAAGUGCUUGAAAUAUCAUCGCAAGACAGCACACUGUACAUUGACAGUGGGAUCCUCACCUUGGCGGGCGAUGAGGGGCCCGACGGUUUUAUCCGUAUGAAUUGGUCAGUCCCCCUUAACGACAGCCUAUAUAGGACAGCAGGGAAUACAAUGAUUGUUCUGGGGUGUGGAAUCACUUUCCGUGUUCAAUGGCCUUCUGCUCAAAGCUGGCCUUAUCUUGGCGAGGAAUCUCCAAGCAGCUCUUGUCCUCUGAAAUGCAUGCCGCCCCAUCCUGUGAUAGCAACUGAUGGCAUAUGUCUUCAUGACAAUGGUUGUUGCACUACAGGUACCCGUUAUGACUCAAAUAGGUUUCUCAUCACGUACUCUGUGUACGAAGAGAACUUGCCGCUGCUCAACUCAAGUGUUGCUUUGGUGGAGUGGGAAUGGUUGAGCAAGAAGAAGAAUGUCAUGAUUCUGCAGAAGGCAGCAUCGUCUGACACCAGCCUUGGUGCCUCCAAAGGCGUACUACACCCCAUACCAGGGGUACCAAUUAGAACAGCUAUCAGUUGGGUGUUCAGUAACUUGUCGUGUGCUGAAGCUAGCAAUUCAAGUGACUUUGGGUGCCUCAGCGACAACAGCAAGUGCCUUUUGUACCUUACACCGAAUGAUGCAAUAGGAGGUCACACAUGCCAGUGUUGGCAUGGUUACCAAGGCAACCCUUACGUGCAACAUGGCUGCCAAGGAUUUGCACCUGCGCUAGGAAUCGGCAGCGGUCUAGGCACUCUUCUGAUUAUUCUGAGUGCUCUCAUUGCAAGACGAAAGCUCUUAGUUUGGAAAGCAAGGAAGUCAAGAGAAUUUUUCUUCAAAAAGAACAGAGGGCUGUUGCUACAGCGGCUUGUAGACAAGGAUAUUGCUGAAAGGAUGCUGUUCAGUUUACAGGAGCUUGAGAAGGCAACAAAUAAGUUUGACGAGGCUCGAAAACUCGGAGGUGGAGGCCACGGUACUGUCUACAAAGGGAUUUUAUCUGACAAACAUGUUGUUGCCAUCAAGAAGUCAAAAGUUGUAAUCCAGAGAGAAACAGAUGAUUUCAUCAAUGAGGUUGCCAUCCUUUCUCAGGUGAACCACAGGAACGUAGUGAAGCUCUUCGGAUGUUGUCUCGAGACAGAAGUUCCAUUGUUGGUCUACGAAUUCAUUUCAAAUGGAACUCUUUCUGAUCAUCUUCAUGCCGGUACACCACUAUCAAUGCCAUGGAAAGACCGGCUCAGAAUAGCCAUUGAAACCUCAAGGUGCCUUGCUUAUCUGCACUCAGCUGCUUCAGUAUCAAUAGUCCAUAGAGAUGUCAAGUCCGCAAACAUACUACUUGAUGAUCGCGUCACAGCCAAAGUAUCGGAUUUUGGAGCUUCAAGAGGCAUCCCCAUUGGCCAAACUGGAGUCACAACUGCCGUUCAAGGAACUUUCGGAUAUUUGGAUCCGGAAUACUACCACACACGGCGACUCACCGAGAAAAGUGAUGUAUAUAGCUUUGGUGUCAUGCUUGUGGAGCUAUUAACAAGGAAGAAGCCAUGUGUCGACCUGUCAACACCAGGAGCCAGUCUAAUUGCUGAAUUCAUCUUGCGAGUGAACCAAGACAAAAUCUGUGAGAUGCUAGACCAGCAAGUCAUCGAAGAAGGGACUGAAGAGGCCAAACAAGUUGCAGCAGUAGCACUGAUGUGCUUAAGUUUAAAGGGUGAAGAUAGGCCCACAAUGAGGCAAGUUGAGACAAAACUUGAAGUGAUCCAAACUGUAGAAAGAAAUACACCAGUGGAACAAACCAACGCCAAUGCUGAUGAUGACAACUUCAGUAGACGAUAUAGUAUGGAGGAAGAGUGCAUGUCAUCUAUGAGUUUCCCUAGGUAG